AAUAAAUCUCAUCUUCCUCCUUAAUAAUUCUACUCUUCCACCCGAUAAAGCCAUCCCCUGUCUAACUCGUCGUCGUACUAACCCUAGCCCACCCUUCCGCCAUCAUAUCCCUCCUCUUGGCCAAUCCUCUGUAACAAUCCAUACGCCCAAAACCCUCCAUCUCCUCACAUCUUGGCAGCCCAUAUGAUCAAAUUUCGGUAUUAACAGACCCACGAAGCCCUAAAUCCCAUUACGAUCGGGAGAAAAGUGCAGCAGCUGUGGUGUCGAUCCAAGGAGGAAGACGAGGCAGCUACCUGUCGAUCCAUCGCGGUAUGUAAAGUUGAACAAUGAUCAAGCGCCUGUCGACGUUAAUCCGGGAGAGCUCAAUCAGCCUAUUGAAGUUCCUCAGUGCUCUACUUCCACUACUUCCACUAAGCUGGAGACGGACAAACCUGGAGACGGACAAAGAUGGAGACGAAGAACUGGAGACAACUUAUCAUACCCUGCCAUUUUGUUCUGUUUGAUCGAAUCUUUUGUCAAAUUAUUUCAAAAACAAAGUUAUUCUCAUAGAAAGUGUGAAGGGAAUGUGAUGAUCAAAGGCUUCAAGGUUGGAUGAUGGUGCAUGAGAUGGACAAGUCUAUUCUGUCAGACUGAUUAGCAACAUAUAUUAUAUUAGAAUGUAUUAGUGUUUUACUUAGAUUUCAAU